GUCUGUCUGUCUGUGAUGACUCUGACCAACCUAACAAGCCCGCCAAUAAAAAUGCUUAACCCUGAGACAGACCAUGGAAAGCUGCGCAGAAUUAGAGCUGAGGAUCUGGAGUGGUCUUUAGUUCUGGUGCCUUCACUGACACAGCUGUGCCUUCAACACAUUGUCGAAAAUUUUAAAGAUAAUCCCAUUUUUGAGGAGCUCCUGCCUGAACAUCAGGCCUCUGUCCUGGAGAAUCUGCCUCCAACUCUGCCUCUGUCCAUAACAGCAAACCUGAUCAGCGACGAGAGCUACUGGAAGCGUUACUGUCAGAGCCGCUGGAAAAUGUGCGAUGCCUCUGAAUAUGGCCACAGUUGGAAGCGCAUGUUCUUUGAACGCCAUCUCGAGAACAUUAUUGAACAUUUUGUCCCAGAUCUGACUGAUAGCAAAUUGGUGCUGGAGUUUGUGCCACUGUGCAAAGAAUAUGUGAAGCGGCUGAGGAUCUCUCAGCUUCUGCCCCCAAUUAAGGAGCCGCAUACUUUUGAGGAGCGCGACGGGGCAGAUUCGGUCAGCGAUUUUUCCACUGACGAGACCUCAAUGGAUCACUUUGACUUCCAAAUUCUGCUCAACAAACUGAACAACCUGGAAGAGCUACAGUUGGUUUAUGGUGUAAAAAACUGUGGAAUGAACUUUCAGUGGCAUCUGUUUCAGUUUACUAUCCGCGACUGUCAAUCAUUGGCUGAGGCCGUGAAAUCCUGCAAAUCUUUGAAGGUUCUCCGAAUCCAUCGGAGCAACAUAGAAGAUGAAAAGUGUCGCAGGCUGGUAAGCCACCUUCUGGAUCACCCAUCCCUGUCAGAGCUCGACCUCUCACACAAUCUCAUAGGGGAUCGAGGGGCGAGAGCCAUCGGUAAACUCCUCAACAGCAGCUGUCUAAAAACACUGAACCUUUAUGACAACUGGGUCGGUGGACAAGGAGCUCAAGCCUUAGCCCAUGCCCUGUCCAAAAACACCUCCCUAGUGUCACUCAACUUGAGAUUGAACCAGCUAGGGGAUGAAGGUGGCCAGGCUAUAGCUCAGGCCCUGCUAAAAAAUCAGACUCUGGUAAACCUUCAGUUAGGGGCCAAUGAGAUGACGGAGCCCACAGCCACAGCAUUCUCACAGGUCUUAGUACAGAACACGACACUGAGGAACCUCAACCUGUCCUGCAACAAACUGGGAGUGGAUGGAGGGAAGGCCUUGGAAGAAGGGAUGUCACACAAUAGCAGCCUGCUGGAAUGUGAUGUUCGCCUCACUGAAAUUAGCCUGGAGAGUGAGGACUGCAUCCGUAAGGUGCUGUGCACCAAUCAGGACAAAGCCCAGCGCGAACACACACAGGACACAGCAAACACCAAAUAA